AUGCAGAUACCUCCCAGUGCAGUGCUUCGUGGGUUGGAACGUAUUGCCAGUAGACUGUUGGACGGUGCCAUUGUAUGGAGUGAGAAGCGGUCGUCUGUGAGCUGGUUGAACCGCAGAGAAGGUGUUAAGUUUGUAGAUAUAGAGAUCGAAACUUUGGGGUCUGGAUGUUGCAAGCAGCUUGGAACAGUUUCUAGUGCGUCGAGAGUGGAGCUGAGUUUCAAUGGUGAUGAAAGACCUGACACUGCAGCAUUUAGACCGGUGGAUUUGUACGUGAAGCAGAUCACAGGCGAGCUUGGAGGCGUGGGGAAUGUGGGGGCUCUGGUUAGUGGACUCCCUGGUAUCGGCAAGACAGCGCUAGCGAAUGCAAUUUGUAAAAGUCUUGGGGUAAAAACGAUUUUUCUGAAUGCAGCGGAUAUUUUCCAGACGUACGUGGGUCAGUCGGAGAAGCAGCUCGUCAAAAUCUUUGAAAGUGCGGCGCUGCAAGCGCCUAGUAUUUUGCUGAUCGACGGGAUAGAAGCAAUCGCUGGCAAUCGACGUGCCCUUGCUGAUUCACAAAGUGCACUUGAGAUCGGUGUACUAGGCGCGUUGCUGUCAUCUCUAGAGAAGCUUAAAGCAUCGUCGCACCAGGUAUUCGUGCUGAGUACCACAAACCGUCCCGGAGAUGUGGAUGCCGCAGUACUCUCGAACGGAAGACUGGACCAAGUUGUAAACAUUGAGCCUCCAACACAAGCAGGACGCCUUGAAAUUCUCCGGAUCAUGACGAAAACAUGGCAACUCGACGAACCUGACAAUGAAUUCCUGAGCCAAUUAAGUGAAAGUACGGGUGGAUUUGUGGGAGCAGACCUUUUGAGUCUUUGCCAGAAGACUCUUCAAGUUUGUCUGAAUGAGUCGUCAGCAACAGAGAUGGAAGGAAACGCAGUGGUCUGUCCACGACACUUUGAGCAGGCGCUUGCUGUGACCUACCCGUCCGUUCUCCAGACACAUCACGUCUCGCAAAAGCAGCAACAACCGACGUUCACAUCCAUUCAAAAGCACAGCGGGACAGCUUUCUCGGGUGUAUUUGGCAUGGAUGACGCUAUCCAAACUCUUCGCGUCUCCUUGAUAGAGCCGCUUGAAGACUGUAGCCGAUUCUUACAAUUUGGAACAACUCCGCCGAAAGGUGUGCUAUUGACGGGUCCUCCAGGAUCUGGUAAAACGCAUCUUGCCAAUGCAAUUGCUGAAGAAGUUCGCCGUCGUGGACUCGCGUCGUUCGUGUCGGUGCAGUGCAGUGAUUUGUUGACGAAGGUCGUCGGUGACACUGAGAAAGCGCUUCGUGAACUCUUCGCUACCGCUAGAAACGCAGCUCCAUGUGUGUUGUACUUUGAUCAAAUUGAGAGUAUUGCACCGCUGCGAGGCUUUGACACGAGUACGGAGCAGACUUUUGAUCGAAUGCUAAGCAUGCUGCUUGUUGAAAUGGAUGGCUUCAGCACGAGUCGGACUAGACUACAGCGAAGUCUGGCAAGCGACGAAGCGCGCAUGGCUUUUCUCAAAGAGCAUGUGGUGAUUUUGGCCUCUACUACGAACAAGGAGCUCUUGGAUCCAGCCAUCCUUCGACCCGGACGUUUUGAUGUCCACAUUCACGUCGACUUCCCGAACGAAGAUGCGAGGUGUGCAAUUAUCGCUCAAGCGUUGGAGAAGGUCCCUGUAGAUUACUCUACCGACCCAAUUCUCAGUUCUCGUGACGUUCUUGCCAGGCAUAUGGCCAAACACACCAGUGGUUUGUCUGCUGGAGACGUGAGCGCCGUUCUUCGCGAAGCUGCCAUGGCGUCCAUGCGCGAUAACUUGGAAGCCACGAGUGUGGCUAUCAAGCACGUACAGCAGGCCCUGAAUGAAGCUACUUCUUCGCCGUCAACGGCUGCACCGACAUCAUCGACGCCGACGCUACUGUUUGGACGCAGACAUGAUAGUGAUAGGAAAGGUAACUCCAAACGUCCAGGUGCUCCUCGAGCUUCAGUUCGUAGCAGUCAAUCAAGACAGCAGAAAGCAGAUGCUCGGCGCUUCGGUGCGUAACAGAGUAGACGGGGCGAACUGUAGAGGCAUGAAAGGCCACUUAUCGUA